AUGGCUGAUGAAGAUAUUACUUUAAACGAGGAUCAGCUUCUGGAGUCGCUGGAAGAGACAAACGGCGAACAGGAGACUGGGAUUGCGACUGAAGCAGAGGAGGAAGGCAGUAUGCAAAUCGAUCCAGAACUCGAGGCCAUUAAGGCCCGCGUCAAAGAAAUGGAGGAGGAGGCUGAAAAAAUAAAGCAAAUGCAAUCAGAGGUAGACAAACAAAUGGCCGGCGGUUCGACAACCGGUUUGGCCACUGUGCCGCUUUCACUUGAAGAGAAGCAGGAGAUUGACACACGGUCCGUGUAUGUGGGCAAUGUUGACUAUGGUGCAUCUGCCGAGGAGCUGGAGGCACAUUUUCAUGGUUGCGGCACCAUAAAUCGUGUUACUAUACUAUGCAAUAAGGCUGAUGGACAUCCGAAGGGUUUUGCCUACAUUGAAUUUGGCUCGAAAGAGUAUGUAGAAACGGCGCUGGCUAUGAAUGAAACACUCUUCCGAGGACGUCAAAUUAAGGUCAUGUCGAAGCGAACCAAUCGACCUGGACUUUCAACUACAAAUCGCUUUGCACGCGGCAGCUUCCGAGGCCGAGGAGCUCGCGUCUCCCGUGCCUGCUGUCAUUCAACUUUCCGUGGCGCUCGACGCGCAAUAAGAGGUUACCGCGGACGCGCCAAUUAUUAUGCGCCGUAUUGAUUUUUGUUUUCUUAACUUAUGUUUAGUAAGGUAAGUUGACUGAUGAUAAUCAAAAAAGAACUAUAGUCUGAAUGGGUAUGCCUUGUAAAAUGGAAAAAGUGCUCAACUCAAUCAAACGAUUUAAGCACUUUUGGUAUUUACUAUAGCAUUUAUGCCCUCCUUUGUAAAUACGAAACAGUCCGCUUCCAAUUGCCAUAAGGUAUUGCCUGCCAUCGAUUAGUUAGCCAAAACAAUCUUUCUAUGAGGCUUCAUUAUCCAACUAUGUAUAUAUACAGCUUCUUAUAUGAGAGUGCACUAAUAAUUGUACACAUCUUAAAUCCUUAAGAAAUUCGUGUUUUGUUCAUAAUAAUUAUCCGUUCAUUGCCAGUUUGGCAUUGUGCCUGAUUACUGUCUAUCGCCUGCUCUCUAUAUUCUAAAAUUUUGGGAUCAACUAAUUACAACUAAUUAGUUUUAUUUAUAA